AUGGUCGAAAUGGAACAACAAUCUUUCAUCAAAUUUACUUCUCGCAGAUCGGUUGUUUUUGGUACUAAUGCUAUGGUAGCUUGUAGUCAACCAUUGGCAUGUCAAGCUGGUUUAGAAAUUUUAAAAAAAGGAGGAAAUGCCGCGAACCUUCAUCGACCGGAAUUGGUGGAGAUUGUUUUUGUUUAUUUUAUGAAGCAAGAACAAAGAAGAUCGCCAUCAAAAUUAACGCUCGAAUAUGUUCGAGAUAAGUUGGGAAUCAUCCAAAAUAACAUCCCGUAUAAAAACAUAAAUGCCUCGACAAUACCCGGGGCUGCAGCAGGGUGGGUUGAUUGUGUUGAAUGGUUCGGUAGUGGUAAAUUAUCUCUUGGAGAGAUUUUAAGACCUGCUAUUGAGUUGGCGGAAAAUGGAUAUCCUUGGAAAAGUGAAGAAGAAAUUCUUCGGACCUCAUCACCAAAUGGUGGUGAUAUGUUAAUUGACGGUCGAGCUCCAAAAGUUGGCGAAAUUAUGCACAUGCCAAAUUUAGCUAGAACUUUUCGUGAAUUAUCGGAAAAAGGGAAAGAUGGAUUCUACAAAGGACGAAUUGCUGAGGCCAUUGUUGAAUUAGUUCAAUCAAAAGGAGGUGUAAUGACUUUGGAAGAUUUAUCUUCCCACGCAACUACACGCGUUGAACCUAUAAGUAUCGAAUAUAAAGGUGUUAGGGUUUGGGAAUGUCCUCCGAAUGGUCAAGGUAUAACUGCACUUAUGACAUUAAGGAUUCUAGAGAUUUUACAAGAACAAGGAAAAAUUCCAAACCUAAAUUCUCUUGAACACAAUUCUACGCAAUAUAUUCAUGCAUUAAUUGAGAGUUUGAGGUUAGCAUUUGCUGACACUCAAUAUUACGUUACUGAUCCUGAUGUUCAUCAUGUUCCCGUAAACGAAUUGUUGUCAAAGGAAUAUUUAAUCAAACGAGCGCAAUUAUUUGAUGCAUCAAAAUCUUCGAUCGAUGUUCAAAAGGGAUCUCCCGUGAAUUCAAGCGAUACAGUGUACUUUUCUGUUGUUGAUCGAGAAGGAAAUGCUUGUAGUUUUAUCAUUUCAAAUUAUGUUGGAUUCGGAACGGGGGCAAUACCAAAGGAUUGUGGAUUUACGUUACAAAGUCGUGGGUCGGGUUUUGUAUUAGAGAAAGGGCACCCUAAUUGUCUUGAACCUAACAAAAGACCCUAUCAUACAAUUAUUCCAUGUAUGGUAACAAAAGGAGAUGAAUUAUUGUUAUCCUAUGGAGCUAAUGUUUAUCAGCCACAAGGACACGUUCAAGUAUUAUUAAACCUACUUCAUAAUAAUCUAAAUCCACAAACAAGCCUUGAUGCACCAAGGAUUUGUAUUGGUCCAGGCGUUCCAAGAAAUCCAUUAAAUCCAUCAUAUCACACUUCUACAAUAUUUGCAGAAGAAGGUAUUGAUCAGAAAGUAAUCGACGAAUUAAAUCAAAUGGGACAUAAAGUUGAGCUAGUUAAAGGAUGGGAUCGAGUUUUGUUUGGGAGAGGGCAAAUUAUUGAAAGGAGGAUAGAUGAAAAGAGCGGCAAAAUAGUUUGGGCUGGUGGGAGCGAUUUUAGAGGUGAUGGGAUGGUGAUUGGUUGGUAG